UCAAAUGCUAUCCGUGGACGGGCGGCUCAUUGUCAGGAGAGUUGCAGUGCGAGCAGGAGGGAGAGAAGCGCAGGUACGGGUACAACAGCAGCAGCAGCAGCACUUCAGCCAAACAGCAUCACAGAAAACACACUCAGCUACACUCAACCGAGACAAGAUGGAAAUGGAUAGAAGACAUUUUCCACCUACAAGAAGCCCCCUACUCAGAGAUGAGCCAACACAAGCAUCUCAGCAAAGUUUCUACCUGAACCCACCCCCGCUCUUUAAGCCUCCCAAAUUCUUCCCUCCCGGGUACCCCAUUGCAUCACACAGCAGAGACACAUACAGCGCAUUCAGCCCCCCCACCUUCUUUCCCCUGAUUGGUCCAGGCUACACCCAAAGGGAAGGAUCCCAAAAACGCAAAAGAACUCCUUUCAAGAUGGACGCCCAAGGAAGUGAAUCCGCCAACGAGGAGGCAGACGAAAGCCGCGGUGAGAAGACGGUGCACCUCUCCCACAUCCCCUUCUCCCUCCCAGCUCACCCCCUUCCCUCCCCAUCUCCUAAGACCAUCCCCGGCAUGAUCGAGCUGAACACACUGCAGCUUCAUCUCAGAUCACCAGGUAUGAAUCUACCUGUGCAGGUGAAACAAGAGCCUCUCAGUCCUUCCCCUGUUUGGCCUCCGUCUCCUCAUCUCCUCCACCCUCCCUACUUCCCACCUCUCCACCACAGCCUCCUCCCAUACCCUUUCUUCAUGCCUGGCCCUGUCAUGCACCUCUCCCCUGGUUCCUUCUACCAAAGGGAGGGGGUCCGUCCCGGGCAUCGGGACGGACCCCGUCGGGGUGGGACGACCAAUGCGGAAAAGCUCGGUCUCAGCGUCCACGUGGACGACAGUUAUUACGUAGACGUGGGUGCAGGCCAGAAGAGGUGGAAGUGUCGCACGUGCGAGAAGUCCUACACCUCCAAGUACAACCUGGUAACGCACAUCCUGGGGCACAACGGCAUCAAGCCACAUGGGUGCCACCUUUGUGGGAAGUUGUUUAAGCAGCUGAGCCACCUGCACACACACCUGCUCACUCACCAGGGCAUGAGGCCCCACAAGUGCCAGGUGUGCCAUAAGGCCUUCACUCAGACCAGCCACCUGAAGAGACACAUGAUGCAGCACAGCGAUGUGAAGCCGUACAGCUGCAGUGUGUGCGGUCGAGGAUUUGCUUACCCCAGUGAGCUUCGGGCUCACGAGCUGAAGCACGAAAAAGGACAGGAGAACGUUUGUGUGGAGUGCGGGCUGGACUUCCCCACGCUGGCCCAGCUAAAGAGGCACUUGACCGCCCACCGUGGUCCCACCUUGUACAGGUGUGCAGAGUGCCAGAAGACGUUCCAGUACCCGAGCCAGCUUCAGAACCACAUGAUGAAACACAAAGACAUCAGACCGUACAUCUGCAGCGAGUGUGGGAUGGAGUUCAUCCAGUCGCACCACCUGAAACAACACACACUCACCCACAAAGGGGUGAAGGAGCACAAGUGUCGCAUCUGUGGUCGUGAGUUCACCCUGUUGGCAAACAUGAAGCGCCACGUCCUCAUCCACACCAACAUACGGGCCUACCAGUGCCACAUGUGCUUCAAGAGUUUCGUCCAAAAACAAACUCUGAAGGCUCACAUGAUCGUCCACUCGGACAUCAAGCCGUAUAAAUGCAAGCUUUGUGGUAAAGAGUUUAACAGGAUGCACAACCUAAUGGGCCACAUGCAUCUCCACUCGGACAGCAAACCCUUCAAAUGCCUUUACUGCCCAAGCAAGUUCACGCUGAAGGGAAACCUCACCAGACACAUGAAGGUCAAACACGGCGUCAUGGAUAGAGGGCUGGAUGAAAGAUUGUUCAGGAGAAGAGGGCGAUUCUGCAUGUCCACUCCCAUGAGCCUCCUCGCACGCCUCAGGCCAGAGGAACCGUUUGACCUUUCCCACAAGCCCCCGGGCCUGCCCGGCCUCCGGAUCUCCCAGUCCGAUGGCGAGAGCGUCCCUGGAAGCUCGUAUCAGGAGGAGGAUGAGGAGAGUUUGUACAGGAGGAGCCAGUACAGCCCUGAGGUGGACCAACAUGAGCCGGCAGGCGAGGACCAGUACAUGGCUGAGCUGGAGGAGAGAGGGCAAGGGUCUCCAUCCGAGCAAAGGCCAGAGGAGAAGCAGAAAGAAAGUCUCGGUGAACAGAGGGAGUCAGCAGCAGAGGGACACUCUGUAGAUCCCAGAGGUGACCCGGCAAACCUCUCACAGUCAGAGGAGACAUGUGAGGUGGCAGAACUAGACGUUGAUCACCAGGAGCCAGACGAGUCGGAGCAAAGCAAGCGGCAGGUCGAAGUCGUAGCAGUCGGUGCAGCGGGGACAAACCGGAGGAGAUCAGGGACAGGUGGGAUGAUGCAUCGCUCGAUACAAGGUCCACGGGAUGAAGAAGAGUAGUAAUAAUAAGGCUGAGACCGAGAAGAAAAUGUAAGGUUUGAGGGAAGAAUGCUUUUUUGACAAGACGGUCAGUAAAGUAAAGUGUGUCUGUGUCUAACUGAAAGUGAUUAUGUGGUUUAGAAACAAAAGAGGAACAAUGAACAUAUCCACUAACAGAGCAGAAAAUAACAGUGAAGUAAACGAAAGACAGAACUGUGAAACACAAUGCAUGUACAUGAACAUACACUGAUUAACAGACAAUGAUAGAGGGUUAGUGUGCAUUCAUUGAUUCUUUUGUAUAUGCUGUUUAUGAUCUUUGUAGGAAAGAAUAAAAUUGUUUUUUUUUUCAAAAUCCUGAAAUGGAUGGGCUGAAAUAGAUAUAUUAUUUUUGAUGGACUGACUUUCCUUUAUAUUAUAUGUCUGUGAAAGAGAAAUCCCCAAAAAUGUGUUGUUUGUGUUAUUGACAGUUAAGAUUUGACACAGCUUGAGUUUAACAAAUUGAUGGUGUCCAGAUGAAAUAAACGGAUAUUGUUCUUUGUCUAAUGUUUAGAUUUUUUUUUUUACCCUCAUGCCUUUGUCAGUUUAGUUUUGGGGGAAGUUUUACUUCAUGGCAGUGUAACAGUGUUCAUCUGAAUGGAAUUCUGUAAAUACCAAAAUAAAAGCUUGU